CAAGCUUCAGAGGAAAUAGGUUUUUAUAUGAGCAUAAAAAAGGCUGAAAGGGUUACUUUCUUUCACCCUGCUGUUGAUACCAUGCCCUUUCAAUUUUUUAAAAAAUCUAUCUUAAAGCCUUUCUAUAUUGAGCUACCAUUGCUUGUUUAAUUGUAUUCACUUAUUGUUAGAACUGUAUUUUGGGAGAAUCCAGAGCUGAGUGCUGACACUUUGUAGUACUUCAAGCUUCUGUAAGUUUCAGUAACAGGUGGUGUAUCUUUUUAAACAUACAUUGUGAAAUAUACACAGCAAUUGUAGCAAUUAGCUGAAAUCAUAGGAUAGGAGGUCUAUAAAGUGGCCAGUUCCUAUAAUAGACUGAGUACCUUUAUUGUUUUUCCAAUAAUGAAAUAAAGUUGAGUAUCACUGGUAGUUACAGAUGAAGAAUGCCCAUUCUCUGUAGGCCCUUCCAUUAAUCUGCUUUGUUAAAAAAAACGAUGGUUCUAUUUCCAAUUCAUGUAAUGAUUAUUGAUUACGGGCCAUCAAGUCACUGUCAAUUAUUAAUAAUCAGAUUUUCUCUGGGAGGGUCUGUUUCCUAACAGAUCUUUUUAAGUCUUUGGUCCAUGGUGGGCACAACUUUGCUGUAAUUGAGUCCAUCUCCUCUGCUAUUGCUUUUCCUCUGGCCUUUCAUUCCACAUUUCCCAGAUUAGAUCCUUUACUGCAGAGCUGGAUCUUCGCAUAACGUUUCUGGAGUGGGAUAACUUGAGCCUGACCAUUUGUGCCCGGUGAUAAAGUGAUGAUUUAUGACUCCGUUCCUCUUGCAAGCAGCCCAAAUGGGCAGACAGAAACUCGUCGACGUCAAGUACAUUUGUUCUGAUCUCUUCUGGGGAUUCGGAUACUAGGCCGAGGCCGCUCAGCCGGCAGGCGGGGAAAAAAAAAAAAAAAAAUACCGCGCAUCUCUCAGAGGCUUAACGCACCCACUUCCUCCACUCCAAAACAGCCGCGCUGCCGGCGGCCACGUGCAGCCCCGCUUUUCCAGCUCUCACGCGGCGGCGGCGGCGGCGGCAUGCCUCAUUCGGGGUUGCUGGACCCUCCCUUUCGCGGCUCCUGACCCAAACAAGCAAUCAAGUGCUUCUUCCGGAGCUUAAAUCGCCGGGGCAGAUAAUCCUGAGCCAAGCUGUUCCCUCGUUCUAGUCUAAACCGAGGGGGAGGCGGACGUUGGAAGCCUGGCCGGAGAGUCGCGGCCCGCCAGCGGAUCCUUCGGCUCACCCCCUCGGCUUCAUCAAUGGCGAGCCCCACGAGGCAAUCAAUGGGAGGGAGCAGAAGAUCAAGAUCGGAGCCCGCUCAGCUUCGCGCCUCGGCUAAGAAGCUUACCUCGCGGCAGAUGUUGACAGGCUCCCGGCCAGCUCCGAUCACUUGGAGGAAGGAGGGGGAGGACGAGAGCCGGAAAGCCCCCUUGCCUCGCUAGGAAGGAGGUGCAGCCAGGGGCCGUUCCCUUGGCGAUUCGCACCCUGCCUUGACUUUUUCUCUCCCCACCCUCCUGCUCGCCUCGCAAGCGGAUUUGCGCGCCAGCUGCUGGCUGGCACCGCUUCCCGGGCCGCCGUCCAGCCAGAGCGAGUCCUGCAGGUGGAAUCGGCCACUGACGAGUGGUCGGAGUUUCUUCCACGGGCGCUCCAGCUCUUCCUUCUUCUGCUGAUUUUCCUCUGUCUCCCGGUGGGCGGAAAGCCACUCCAGUAUUGCUGCUCUUGCUUCCAAUCUCUCUCGCCCUCCCCAAUCACGCCCCCCUCCCCGCUCGGCUGCUUUCCAUGCUCUUAGGCGGGGCGAUGGCCAAGAUCCGAGUGGCUUACGAAUACACCGAAGCUGAAGACAAAACCAUCCGGCUGGGCUUGUUCCUCAUCGUUUCUGGUAUCUUGUCACUUUUCAUCUUGGGUUUCUGUUGGCUCAACCCGGCCCUGCAGGAUUUACAAGGCAAGGCGGCGAACUGCACCGUGCUGUCGGUGCAACGGAUCAGCGAGGUUUUCGAGUGCACGUUCACGUGUGGCGCCGACUGCAAGGGCACCUCCCUGUACCCCUGCCUCCAGAUCUACGUCAACAACUCCGAAUCCAACGCCCGGGCGCUCCUGCACCCGGACGAGCAUCAGCUCCUCACCAACCCAAAGUGUUCAUACAUCCCCCCCUGCGAACGGGAAAAUGAGAAGAACUCUGAUAUUGUAAUGCACUGGCAGGUUUAUUGGGAAGUUGAAGUAGGUUCUCAGCCUUUCACUUGCUACUUUAAUCAGCACCUCAGACCAGAUGAUGUAUUGCUACAACGUACACAUGAUGAAUCUGUUCUUUUGCACUGCUUCCUUUGGCCAGUGGUCACGUUCCUGGUUGGAGUCCUAAUUGUGGUCUUGACCAUCUGUGCAAAGAGCUUAGCUGUCAAGGCAGAAAUUAUGAAGAAAAGGAAACAUUCCUAAAUGAAGGACAUCCUUCAAGAAAGGAUGAGAGAAUGCCAAAUGUGACUGACUAUCACUUCUCUGGUGUUCCCAGCAAUGCCCAUUCCCAGUGUAUUGCCAGCUGCUGGUCUUGCUGAUGCCUAGGUGACCAUGCUAUGACAUGUUAACUAGUUGUUUCUGCCGUUAUGAAAGCAAGUGUGUCUCUUCCACUAAAUGAUCCUAAGAUGUAUCAAACCUUCAUUCAAACUUAAUGAAAUUGAAGUAUCUGAUGGAGUAGAGGACAAAAUGUAAAAACCCAAAUUGUGGUUGACUUCAUCUUAGUAAAUUUAUCUUUCUUAAUGCUAUUAUUUAGUCUUGAAUAUUUAUUACUUCCUUUCUCAAAGACUGUAUUUCUCAAAUAUUAAAAAGUGGUUGUUUUUA